AGAACCAAAAGAUACUUUCCCUCUAAUCAAUUGAGAAAUCUUACUGUAUCUAACCGUGAGGAUUUGGUGGGUACGGAUCAAACAAAUAGGGACUUCGGGAGAUCAAAACAGAAGUAUAAUAGAACUGAAAAAGUGAAUUUUGGCUGAGAGAAAAGAGCAGAAAAAGACGAGAAGGACGAGUUUCUUCGCUAUUUCCAAAGCUCUGAUCACAAUCUGUGAAUAUAACAUGUCUUGGGUCUUCAAGUCUCUCCAAGCGACCGAUGAUGAUACUAUCCCUGCCGAAUCGCAGUUUAACGGUUCAUCUUCGGAAUGCGUUCGUUUCACCACCGCUGAUCCUUCUGUAAAAGACGAUUUCUCCGCACUCGGUGAGACGCUGAGCCGCCAGUUUCGCGGCUUCGCCAACUUUCUCGCUCCACAACCGACGACGGCGGUCGUUCCUCCCGACGAUUCUUCCGAUUCGAGUUUGAGUUCUUCGUUGCCGUCUCAAACGCUUCAAGGAAUUCGUAAUGAUCUCGCAGAGAUUGGCGGUGGCUUGAGAAACAGCUUCUCGAUGCUCUCUGUAAAUAGCAACAAGGCCGUUGGAGAGAUUUCCAGGUUUGCUUCUAACUUGUUGCCGUUUCCGAGACGUUCUAUCGAUAAUGAAGAGGACGAAGACGAGGUGAUUGAUGAUACGCCGGGAAUCACCCAUGAGGUUCUAAAUUUUGUUAACGAUAUUUCGUCGCGGCCGGAGUACUGGACAGAUUUUCCUUUGGCGCUCGAUGAAAUAGAUUUUGAAAUGUCUGACGUUCAAAGAAUGCACAUUUCAACUGUUGAGCAAUUGGUUCCAAGUAUAUCAGCUCUUAAAAUAAAGCUUCAGAGUUCCAUGUGCAAUGAAAUAUUCUGGAUGAUGUAUUUUAUACUGUUGCUUCCAAGAUUCGAUCAAUCUGAUUUUGAGCUUCUAGCAACAUCUGAAAUUGUGGAAGCAAGAAACACACUUGAUAAACUCCAAAGAAAAGAGAAACCACAGGUGAAUUCUGAGGAUACUUGUGAUAACAAUUUGGCUUGUGGCACCCAAAGGGAAGGAAAUAUGCAAUCUCAGGAAAAACCAAACUCCACUCAAAUCAUUGAAGGAGGUGAAGGAUUGAAAACUCAGGAUGGAAAUGGAGAUGGAGAUGGAGAGACAAACAAUCACUGGUCGGAAAAGGAAUACUCAAAUGCUUGUACAGAUGCCAAAAGAAGGUUUAGGCUUGAAGGUGUGUCAUUCAGUGAUAUAGAGGAUGAUGAGAGAUCUUCAUCAAUCGAGUCUAGUGGUUGGGUUCAGCUGCAUGAGAAUCUCACUUGGAAGCAGGACAGAGAUUCAGAAAGUGGGGGUUCAAGUGAUUGGUUUGAUGUGGAUGAAUUUGAUUAGAAAAGGUACACACCUUCGUAUUUCCCCAAUCUCAAUCCAAUUUUUUCUUGUUUUUAUUUUUUUCCCCUUAAAAUGUUUUCGAGUAAAAGAAAACCUUUGCUUUUCUUUACGGUAGAGUGGCCGCAAGGCUUUUAGUUAGGUCUUAAUUUAUCUUCCCUUUGGUUAUUUUGAAGGAUAAAUUUUGUG